CCGAAAGCCGAUACUGGUGUUUAUUUUGACCCGCCCCUCUGCGACCUCGGGCCGCCGUCAAAGGAGGUUAUUGAAGGGUUGCUGCGCCCCCGGUGGAACAACAGAGCUGCUACGAACAGCAGUGGCGAUAGUGCACCAGCUAGUGUCGACGUGCCAUUUCCAUUUGGUAUUUUGUCGCCGGCGGAUGACGAUCUUCACACAACUAGCGCAAGGACAACGUGGGCAGGUCCUUGCGCACGACCAAGGAACAGGAAGUUCACAAAAGCGAGGCUGGAGCGCGUGAAAACCAGACCACCGUCACCCGGACAUGUUUAUAAUUGUGCUGAGGACGACGAGGACACACCUUCUACAGCUGUACCGUCGUCUGAGCUGGAACAACAAAGCGGAUGCGAAAUGGAAGAACUUUCUAUGACGUUCUCAACUCUUCUCGAGAACGCCAUACUUUCCCGUGGUCGCGUCGACCCCCAAGAAGCAGGGUCGUUGCAACAAGGUCGCACUUCUAGCGCCAACUACUCCCACUCCGCGCGGGGAGAGAUCCAGCAGAGGACAAACUCAAGUUCAACCUGUGAUAUUUGCGCCCCGACAUCGACACAAGUAGCCGUGCAAGAAAAAGAAUGUACUCCUUAUUCCGGUAUGAUAAAUCGCACAACUUGUUCCAUGCCGGUGCUGCCACCGCAGACUGCUAAGGAGAAUUUUCCCGCAGCUGUGGCUCGUCCUGCGGUCAAAGCCAAAGCCAAAGCCAGCAAUUUAUUCUCAAGCAAAGCCAAAGCGGGCUUCGCAACAACUACUACAACCCGUCCUCGGAGCUAUUCCGCGCCGGUCGGUGGAGCAGGAGGUGGUGGACCACCACGCGAAAGGAUGUAUCAAGUGUAAAAAUGUCUGGGUCUGGAAAAAUGCAAGUUUGUCAUGCUUGUCUGGCAUGACUCUUAAAUCUGUCAUGCACAUCGCCAAAGACCCCCACUUUUCUGUCAUGCAGAAACGUAGUUUGUCAUGCAGAAUAGGUAACACGACCUAGAAGCUCAGAAACUUGUCAUGCUGAGCCAGCAACUGUGGCCUCCUCAUGAUAUGCCACACAGCAUCACAAAUUUCCAGACCCAGACAUUUUUACAUUUGAUAGGACGAUGAGGAGGCGUAUUAAUCUGAACACCAGUACAACAACUUCUAAGCCGAGAGGACGAGGACGACUACAACUCCCCUCCGCCGUAUGGAGAGAAAAAAGUUUGUCACAGUCACUAACUUGGAGGUUUUGCAUUACAGAUUUUUUUAGCGUCACAGCUUCAUCUUGUAUUGCAGAAACACUAAGAGAAAUCCCGUAUGUUGUUUGCCUGUGAUGCAUUUCUACGCAUGCCAGGCAUUUUCUGUAUUGCAAAAAUGCCCAUGAGUGAUCGUGACGAACUUUUUUCUUUCGAUACGCCGUCGUCGCGGCGCGAGGAACCACAAAUAAUGUUUAUUCAGGCUGCUCGCGCCCAUCCACCCGUGGUCGAAGGUCGUCUCCAUCGCGACCGAGAGGUGGUAGAAACGGAAAUCGCAAGAGCUCGUCCUUUGAUGUUCGUCCCGACAACAACAUAAUUCCGGUGCGCAAGAAGGUACGCGGGCAAACGCAUCUGCGGGGGAACGAGAAAUAUUUUCUGUUUCAGCUGCAACGGGUGAAAAAUAUCCUGAGGAAAAACGUACCCACACCAGAGUUGUAGUGCAGAUUUGCAAAGACAGGAAGACUUGUAAUGCGCAUCACCAUGAGAGCAAUUUUGAAUCGUGUUUUGGAAUUUGUGAUGCUGUGAACAGGAUGAGCAGAUGAAUCUGUGAUGCGGCUGCACUUGCUAACCUGCACUACACUGCAGAGCGCAACUUGUCAUGCGUGACUCACAAAACUCCUCGGUUUGUGUUGCAAAAUCCCCAUCCUGACUCUGGUGUGGGUACGUUUUUACUCAGGAUAAAAAAGAAGCAAGAUUUAAUGUUUUAUGCUGAGAAGAACAAGUACGAGCAUUCAGUUUCGGCGUGGAAUCGUCCUGCAACAAGAAUAUUUUUACCAGAAACGCCGUUCGGCUCGGCCGACAGUCAUGUGCCCUCGGAUGUAUCGGCAAGGAGCAGUGAGGUAGCUGUAUCCCUAAGAAGUGCGGCAAGAACCUCCACGGGGGUAUCUUCCAGAACCUCAUCUGCUGCUUCAUCCCGGGCGGCCCAGGAAGAGCUUGUCGCUUUUCAGCGCAGUAUCCGACCGGGAAACCGGGUGACAGGGGUGGACACAGUCGAAGAUUUAUUCAUCUCUGAAGACAGGAGUAGCACUAGCAGUGGAAAAAGCCGCUACCCUGUGGAUCAUGUUCUUGAACAAAGACCACGACCCGGUCGGCGGCGUGUAUUGGACGUGCAAAAGAACAGAUCCAUCUACACAGUCAACGUCCCUGGAGACGGCGAUUGUCUCUACCACGCUGUGAUCGCGAAUUUGCGCGCUCUGCAACAGCGGAAGAGGAUUGCUACCGGUGGUGGCGAUCAAGACCAAAUCAUCAUGUCCUCCUCGUUGUUCCCAGGAAAUGACAAUACUGUCGCCCGACGUGGUGGUGGUGCUCGUGCUCCUGCUCGUGCUCCACCUCCUACCCCAAGAAGCCUGCGCAAAGCGGUCCGCGACUGGUUCGCCACGAGGCUGGACGAAGUGAGCCCCCACGCCCACGGGGCGACGUACCGUCGGGACUUUCAGAUGGAACUGCGGCUGGGAGCCGACAGCACGGACAAACAAAUUUUGAACGAGCUGGCCAAGCCGGGCGUCUUUUCCGGCGACAACGAGAUCGAAGCGCUGUCCCACGUGUUGGGCCUGCCGAUCGAGGUGUACGCCUUCGCCAGGGACCUUCUGCAAUACGACAGUGCACAACUCCCCCUCGUUCUCAUUUCUCAUGCAAAAUUCACAAUUCCAGUUGCUCCCUUGCGUCACUAUUAUGCAUGACAAAUUCCGGAAGCCCAAACAGCACUACAUUAGGAAAAACAUGGAUUUGUCAUGCAUCGGCUCCAUGUGCGCUGGUGUUUGUAUUGCUCUUCAUGCCAUACAAAUGAGGGGGAGGGGGAGUUGUACACUUGUAUAUGCAGCACGAAGACGGCGGUGGGGAAGCGGUGCAAGAGCCGGGAGACUACGAGCCGAUCCACCGAAACUUUUACAAUAUCGCAAGGAAAAAUCCCCCCUCCCCAUAUUGAAGAGGUAGGUUUUCGAAAAUUUGUGUUGCUGAUUUGAGGUCACAAAUCGCGUUUGUGUUGCAAGAAGACGAGGGCAGCAGCUUCCGUCCCAUUAUGGAGGCGGUUCGUCAUGCUGUUGAGCCAACAUCACGGACGCUUUUCGUGCUAAGCGCCUAAGUCAGAGCCUCUCUACUCAGGCUUGAUAUGGGUCUGCAGUCCUCUCCAGCAGGACAAAUGCGAUUUGUGUACUCAAAUACAGCAACACAAAUUUCGCUUUCGAUAUGGGGAGGGGGGAUUAUUCCUCACAAUAUACAGCAUGCAGAGCUUUCCGAACCUGCAGGUCGGAGGAGGAGAAGCGGGACGAGAGGAACUCGAACUACAACAACGUGGUACAUCGUCGUGUGAUCAGGACCGCGAAUGCAUUCGUCUCUGGCACAACGGGAUCAACCACUGGAAAAUGGUGGGGAUAGUAGGGGCUCACUCAGAUUAG